GAAGAAGAAGAAGAAGAAGAAGACGAAGAAGAAGAAGAGGAAGAAGAAGAAGAAGAAGAAGAAGAAGAAAGCAACCGCAUUACAGUGUAACGUCUGUGCUACUGUCGUCGAUUAAUCAAUGCCAAAUGGCUGGCAGCAGGCUCGAGAGGUUUGGGACUGUGUUUAGCCGGGUUCGCAAUCUGAUGCACUCUGGUGUCAUAAGGCUGCCAGAAAAACCCAUCUGGUAUGAUGUAUAUGAGGCUUUUCCACCAAAGAGGGUCCCACUACAUGUGAAGCCACAUACUAGACCCUGUACCAAGAAACGGGAGACUGUGCCUGAGGUCUUCUACAAGGAGGAUGACAUUAGAGCGAAGUUCUAUGAGCAUUAUGGGACGGGUCCUCUGCCUUUUGAUCUGUCCAAACCAAACUUUGUUUCUACGUGUCAGAGGUUUGUAGACAAGUACACAGAGAUCAAGAGCAGCAAUGAGCUGGAUGACGCUGCUGUGUUUGAGGAGACAGGAAAGGCUUUACUUACAGAGGGCAUCGUGCUGAGAAGGAGAGGAGCUCGUUCUGUUUCAGCAGAAUCCAGGGAUCCAGUGCUUGAGUUGAAGCUAACGGACAUGUUGGCAGAGCAGCAGUCAGUCAACGCUUCCAGUGAGGAGAAGAUGGGGUGCACCAUGCAUACCCAAACACCAUAGACUGUUAAUGGCUGAAGGACUAUCUGAUAAGGUGCAGAUUCAGGACUUGUAGAAGCUGUUGUUCUAUUUUCCUCUCUACAUGAAGAUUAUCUUUAGAUAAUGGUUUUAUUUCAACCACCAAGUCUUGACAACGGGUUUGCAUCCCAGCUUCAUGAUUUCUGGUCACUUAAGUACACAUUUUUACAGUCCACUACACCACCAGAUAUUGUCCCUAAAGCAUCAAAACAGCUACAAAUUGGGCAAAAAAUGGAAGCUGUCCUUACAUGUAUUGGUGUUAUUCUAUAACAGUGUGGAAGUUAAUUGUGAUAUUAAAGUAACUGUUAAUGCUUACCAUCAGAGGCAUACAUUGAGUAGAAUGAGGAACUUAUGUCACUGCAUGGCUGGAGCAUCAUCAGUCUUUAUGUCCAGUUGUCUAUGUUCAAAGCAAAACCUCUCAAAUAAAUUGGUGAGUGUAAUCAACACUUUCCAUAAUCAAUC